AUGUGGGCUGCGUGUCCCUGUGCCCCUUCGGAAGUGCCUUCCCUGGCCUCUGUCACCGUCACCUUCCCCAGCCCCUGUCACCGUCACCUUCCCCAGCCUCUGUCACCGUCACCUUCCCCAGCCUCUGUCACCGUCACCUUCCCCGGCCUCUGUCACCUUCCCUGGCCUCUGUUACCGUCACUUUCCCCGGCCUCUGUCACCGUCACCUUCCCCGACCUCUGUCACCGUCACCUUCCCCGGCCUCUGUCACCGUCACCUUUCCCGGCCUCUGUCACCGUCACCUUCCUCAGCCUCUGUCACCGUCACCUUCCCCAGCCUCUGUCACCGUCACCUUCCCCGGCCUCCGUCACCUUCCCUGGCCUCUGUUACCGUCACUUUCCCCGGCCUCUGUCAACGUCACCUUCCCCGACCUCUGUCACCGUCACCUUCCCCGGCCUCUGUCACCGUCACCUUUCCCGGCCUCUGUCACCGUCACCUUCCCCGACCUCUGUCACCGUCACCUUCCCCGACCUCUGUCACCGUCACCUUCCCCGACCUCUGUCACCGUCACCUUCCCCGGCCUCUGUCACCGUCACCUUUCCCGGCCUCUGUCACCGUCACCUUCCCCGGCCUCUGUCACCGUCACCUUCCCCGGCCUCUGUCACCGUCACCUUCCCCGGCCUCUGUCACCGUCACCUUCCCCGACCUCUGUCACCGUCACCUUCCCCGGCCUCCGUCACCGUCACCUUCCCCGACCUCUAUCACCGUCACCUUCCCCGGCCUCUGUCACCGUCACCUUCCCCGGCCUCUGUCACCGUCACCUUCCCCGGCCUCUGUCACCGUCACCUUUCCCGGUCUCUGUCACCGUCACCUUUCCCGGUCUCUGUCACCGUCACCUUCCCCGGCCUCUGUCACCGUCACCUUCCCGGCCUUUGUCACAGUCACCUUCCCCGGCCUCUGUCACCGUCACCUUCCCCGGCCUCUGUCACCGUCACCUUCCACGGCCUCUGUCACCGUCACCUUCCACGGCCUCUGUCACCGUCACCUUCCCCGGCCUCUGUCACCGUCACCUUCCCCGGCCUCUGUCACCGUCACCUUCCCCGGCCUCCGUCACCGUCACCUUCCCCGGCCUCCGUCACCUUCCCCUUCCCCGGCCUCCGUCACCUUCCCCGGCCUCUGUCACCGUCACCUUCCACGGCCUCCGUCACCGUCACCUUCCCCGGCCUCCGUCACCUUCCCCGGCCUCUGCUUAGUGCCCUUAUCGUAAUGGGUCCAAGACAGCUGACGGAAUGA